AUGCGUACUUCGCCUCUCAUACAGGACAGGCUGGGGACACUAUAUGUCCCCUUCGGGGUGACAUACGAAAAAAUUGGAACGAUACAGAGAAGAUUAGCAUGGCCCCUGCACAAGGAUGACACGCUUUCCCGGAGUGGUAGACCUACGGGUCUCAAUAUUUAUUUUCCUCCUUCCUCUCAUUUUGCUUCCAUGAUACUGCGACGUUGCGGGCGAACCUGGCUAUAUUCUUGA